ACGGCGCGGCCGCAGCAUGUCGGCCGUCGCCUACGUGGACUUCGUGGCGGCGCAGUGCCUGGUGUCUAUCUCCAACCGCUCGGCCGGACCCCCCACCCCCGAGACGGCGGCGCGGCUGAAGGUGCCGGGGGAGGCGGAGACGGGCCGCGAGAUGCGCGACCCGCGGGACGCCUGGAAGGACUACUGCGCCCUGCUGGCCAUCGCCAAGAGCCUGCUGGAGCUGAACAAGUACCGCCCGCUGCCCGCGCCCUCGGUCUGCAGCGACAGCCUCGAGAGCCCCGACGAAGACGCGGGCUCCGACAGCGACGCGGCCGCUACCUCGCCGUGCUCCGGCCCCGCGCCCGCGCCGCCCUCCCGCCUGCGCGGCACCGCCGCCGCCGCCGCCCCCAAGGCGAAGCUGGCGGCCGAGAAGCGGCACAAGUGCCCAUACAGCGGCUGCGGCAAGGUGUACGGCAAGUCCUCGCACCUGAAGGCGCACUACCGGGUGCACACAGGCGAGCGGCCGUUCCCCUGCACAUGGCCUGACUGCCUUAAAAAGUUCUCCCGCUCCGACGAGCUCACCCGGCACUACCGCACCCACACCGGUGAGAAGCAGUUCCGGUGCCCUCUCUGCGAGAAGCGCUUCAUGCGGAGCGACCACCUGACGAAGCACGCUCGCCGCCACACUGAGUUCCACCCCAGCAUGAUCAAGCGAUCCAAAAAGUCCAGCUCUGGUUCCUUGUGAAGGCAGAGCUGGCCCAGGAAAGGGAGCGGGGUGCAAGAGCCACAGCUGUGGCCCGGAGAGCAGUGGCAGAGGAGGCCCCGCUCACCAUCAGGAAGCACAUGUAGCUGAUGUCCAAAACCUAAGCACUCGGCGUGCUCAGCUCCUGCUCUCCAGUGCUGGCUGGCAACAGCCAUCUUGAUGAAGGGGAUAGCGGCAAGAGGGAAGGAUGGGACCACCACCUUCCCCAGUCUGUCGCGUUCGGACUGGCACACGUAUGUCCUGCGGGACGGUCCGGCCAGUGACACCACAGUAGCGUGACUCCGAGGUCUUUGUGAUUGCUGUGUCAUGAACAUGUUUUGUUGAACAAUGUAAUGCUGCUUGUGUUUAGAGUCUGUCAAGUAAAACCACUUUCCGAGUCACAUAAGUAAUUCUCAGAUAUAAACUCCAUAGCACAUUGUAGAAGUGGGUUUACUUCUAUCUCAGAACGAUACUUCAUUUUAAAAGACUGUUAAGAGAAACAUUACAUGUGUUACUAAUAGCAUCCAAUUGAUAUUCUGAAAUAAGGUGAAUUUAUAUUCAAGAAGACCUGUGAAACUAACUGGGUCUUUUUAAUUUUUCUUUGUAUUAACUAUACUUUUGAAUAUAAGCUGCACUUUUCCAGUAAAAACAUGUGUAAUUCAAGCAGAUACUUACAGCAAAAAACACUGACACAACAACUCAGUCAUUUUCUGACCAUAUGUGUAUUUAGCUCUGUUAUUCGUUUACCUGGAAAAAUACAAGUCAGCCUACAUAAUGUGGCGGGGAGGAUGAGGGCAGAAACAUACGUCUCUCAAUUGAUCUAUCUUUUCAUUUGUCAAUAAAUACAGUACUGUACUAUAGAAAUGCCACUAA